CUAAAUACUUAAAAUAUUCCAUCGAAUCUCAAUAAUUAAACAUUAAAUUUUGCUCCUGUUGUGCCUUCAACAUGCCUUUAAUUGAUACACAAAACAAGAUUCUUGCAUCAAAGCCAGGUCGUAUUAUUCUUGGCAUUUUGGUUAUAGCCAUCGUGGCUCUUGGUUGUGUUGCGGUUUUUCAAACAUCGUAUGACGUCCACUCCAAACUUGAAUUAAUUCCAGAUACAAAUGACCGUUUGAUCAGCUAUACUACGAAAUCUAAUGAAGAAUUUGAAAAAUAUACAGUCAAAAUGAAUCAGUUUAUUAAUUCAUACAAUAUCCAUAGCGAAAAUAGAAACAUUUAUAAUUGCGAUGACGAUCACCUCCCACCAAGAGACAAUGUUUGUGAUGUAAAUAUAAGGAAUCUAGGUCCAUGUACUAAGGAAAACUAUUAUUCCUACCACAAAAGUUCUCCUUGUGUAUUUCUGAAAAUCAAAAAAACUCCGCUUUGGGAACCAAAAUAUGUCAAUGCAUCUGAUCCUCCAGAAAAAAUGCCUGAAUAUUUAAAAAAUUACAUUGCAAGUGAAUCAAUUCAAAAAAAGAAAGCAGUUUGGGUAUCUUGUGAAGGUGAAAAUGAUGCCGAUAAAGAGAACAUUGGACCAAUGUCUUACUUUCCAAGCUUUGGAGUCCCGCACUACUAUUUUCCGUAUACAAAUCAACAAGGAUAUUUAGAGCCAUUUGUUGCUGUACAUUUUGAACGUCCCACUCGUGGAGUUGUAAUAUUCAUAAAAUGUCAAAUUUGGACUCAGGAUUCAAAUGAUUUUGCUAGUUUUGCCUUGUAUCUUCAAUAAAAUCAAUCAGAAAUGAACAAUACUCGAAAAUUAAGAUCACCAAUGAAAUCUCAUUUUAACUCAAUUAAUAAAAAAAAAAUUGUUUGACAUAAUUAACAUCUACAUUAGUACCUUAAACAAGUCUCAACUACCUUACAAUAAACUUUUAA